AUGACUGAACCUUUGUACUCGGACUUCAAUGGCCCCAACGCCAAAAGGAACAGCCAAGCACUGCUCCGGGGUCUCUAUGAAGGUGAGACAGCGGAUCCUUACCUGGUGUCAUUCCUGGACCAUUGCCAAAGGCCGGAGGGCUUGGAAGACCAACCACUGAAAGUGGAUCUGGAGGACCAUGUUAGCUUCUGGCAAUCCAGGCGAGAUUCAGGUGGACCUCAUGCGCACAAUUCAAAUGAUGAAUUCGGAGCUGUAGGCCAACAACAAGAGAGUGGGGAAAUCGGCCAUGGCCUAUGCAGAGCAGCACAACUUGAUCCCAAAGGGACAACAUGGGUCUCGCAAGCGUCACCAGGCCAUCGAUCUGGCCCUUACGAAGCGUCUCACUUGGGACUCUUGCAUCUUCAACGCCGCCCUGCCGGGUGGAUCUCCAACGAUACCAAGUCCUGCUUUGACCGGAUUGUCCACUGGAUGACAAUCAUUAGCCUCAUGCGCUUUGGGAUUCAAUGGCGUACCCUUCGCUCCAUGUUUGAUACACUGAUGAAGUCUAAGCACCGGGUGCAUACCGGGUUUGGCGAUUCAGACCGUGUCUUUACUCCUCCGACCCUGAUUCCAUUUCAAGGAUGUGGACAAGUGAAAUGGGGCAGGACCUCCUAUCUGGGUUGCAAUUAG